UCCCGCCAGACUCGCCCUCCUCACAAAGCUCCGGGACCCCCAUCAUCCCCGCGUCCUCCGCCCACCAGGCUGGGGUCGCAGACCCCCCCGGUCGCCUCCCCCUCGUCUACUGCAGCUCCUGCGUCUCCAGUUCCUAAGACAAGAUGCCGUCGGGCUUCCAACAGAUCGGCUCUGAAGAUGGGGAACCCCCUCGGCAGCGAGUCACUGGGACCUUGGUCCUUGCCGUAUUCUCUGCUGUUCUUGGCUCCCUGCAGUUUGGCUACAACAUUGGGGUCAUCAAUGCCCCCCAGAAGGUGAUUGAACAGAGCUACAAUGAGACCUGGCUGGGGAGGCAGGGGCCUGAGGGACCAAGCUCCAUCCCACCAGGCACCCUCACCACCCUCUGGGCUCUCUCUGUGGCCAUCUUCUCUGUGGGUGGCAUGAUCUCAUCCUUCCUGAUUGGCAUCAUCUCUCAGUGGCUGGGAAGGAAGAGGGCCAUGCUGUUCAACAACGCCCUGGCAGUGCUGGGGGGCACCCUCAUGGGCCUGGCCAAGGCAGCUGCCUCCUACGAGAUGCUCAUUCUUGGACGGUUCUUCAUUGGCGCCUACUCAGGGCUGACAUCGGGGCUGGUACCCAUGUACUUGGGGGAGAUCGCCCCUACUCACCUGCGGGGCGCCCUGGGGACACUCAAUCAACUGGCCAUCGUCACUGGCAUCCUAAUCGCCCAGGUGCUAGGCUUGGAAUCCAUGCUGGGCACAGCCACCUUAUGGCCACUCCUCCUGGGCAUCACCGUGCUGCCUGCCCUCCUGCAGAUGGUCCUGCUGCCCCUCUGCCCGGAAAGCCCCCGCUACCUCUACAUCAUCCGGAACCUGGAGGGGCCUGCCAGAAAGAGUCUGAAGCGCCUGACGGGCUGGGCCGACGUGUCUGAGGUGUUGGCUGAGCUGAAGGAGGAGAAGCGGAAGCUGGAGCGUGAGCGGCCCCUGUCCUUGCUCCAGCUCCUGGGCAGCCACACCCACCGGCAGCCCCUCGUCAUCGCCAUUGUGCUGCAGCUGAGCCAGCAGCUGUCAGGCAUCAAUGCGGUUUUCUAUUAUUCGACCAGCAUCUUUGAGUCAGCAGGGGUAGAGAAACCAGCCUAUGCCACCAUCGGAGCCGGCGUGGUCAACACAGUCUUCACCUUAGUCUCGGUGUUCUUGGUGGAACGGGCUGGGCGCCGGACCCUCCAUCUCCUGGGCCUGGCAGGCAUGUGUGGCUGCGCCAUCUUGAUGACUGUGGCUCUGCUUCUGCUGGAGCGAGUUCCAGCCAUGAGCUAUAUCUCCAUUGUGGCCAUCUUUGGCUUCGUGGCCUUCUUUGAAAUUGGCCCUGGCCCCAUCCCCUGGUUCAUCGUGGCCGAGCUCUUCAGCCAGGGACCCCGCCCAGCAGCCAUGGCAGUGGCUGGGUUCUCCAACUGGACGUGCAAUUUCAUCAUUGGCAUGGGUUUCCAGUAUGUGGCGGAUGCUAUGGGUCCCUACGUCUUUCUUCUAUUCGCGGUCCUCCUGCUUGGCUUCUUCAUCUUCACCUUCUUAAAAGUGCCUGAAACCCGUGGCAGGACGUUUGACCAGAUCUCAGCCGUCUUCCGCCGGACACCUUCUCUUCUGGAGCAGGAAGUGAAACCCAGCACAGAACUGGAGUACUUAGGGCCGGAUGAGAAUGACUGAGGGUCCACACAGGGGUGGGAGAGCCAAUUCUCUCCACUUGCCCAGAGACCCCCCCUCCUUUCCUCUGCAGCACUUUAACCCUCUCUUCCCCAUUACUUCCAGGGCAGAGAAAACCCCUGCAGCCUGGUGGGGUUGGGAAGCUGGAGGGAAGGGUGGUCUGAGCA